UAUUUUUUACUCUCGUGUUCAGCAGGAUCAAUUCUCCACAAGGCGAAUCGUUUAAUUGAUUCUUCUUUCUCGGUGAUCAAAGACAAUAGACCGAUCAGCUGAGCAGUGUUUUGCGCCCCCUAGUGUGCAGGCGUAAAAUGCAUUCUCGGUCAGCGCCACCUAUCGUGCAGGCGUGAAUUAACAGAAGGCGAUGAAUCGUUUCGGGUUCGGUGUGAAAGCACCGUUCGUCAGUCUGAAAGGACCUUUACGUGUGUAAUUUUUCCCACUGCGUGAAGUACCGGAACUUGCAGCCACAAUAACUCUCCAAAACCCGGGGGCGGGGCCAGUAACACUUCUCGUUCCUGAUUGGCUAGACACACCGCGUCAUAUAAAGCGCGACACCAUAAACACAAAAACAGACGCCAUUUUUUAGGGAAAACCUUUCAGAUUAGUUCUUUUUUUAAAAUGGAGAAAACGGAGCCGUGGCACAACAAGGAGACGAAGACACUAAUAGGCAUCUGGUCAGAGGAUGAAGUGCAGCGGGAGCUGGAAGGUACCGUAAGAAAUCAAAAAGUGUUUCAGAAAAUAUCCCAGCGCAUGUGGGAACUGGGUUACAACCGCAGCCCAGAUCGAUGUCGAGUCAAAAUAAAAAAGCUUAAACAAGAUUACAGAAGACUGAAGGAGUACAACAAAAGGAAUGGGACGAACCGGAAAACAAAUCAGUGGUACGACGCGCUGGACGCUGUUCUGGGACGCAGGGCGGAAAGUGUAGGCAGGAGUGUUACAGCGGAGUCCUCCUCCUCUCUGCUGGAGUCUGUGAUGAACUGUAACGGUGUGGAGGACAGAGCAGAUAGUGACGACGACGUCUUGUCAGUCUGUAUUGAUAAUGCAGAUGACAGGAACAGAACCAGGAUUAGUUCUCCAGCGCUUGCAGUAACGUUACCCCUGUCUCCAGGACUGUCCUCUCCUGCGUCCAGCAACCUUACAGCCGAGGAACCCCGACCUACUGUGCCUCGUGUCAGAGGAAAAAGGAGACGAGGACACUCGAACCACAUUGACACUAUGAGAGAGAUCUUCCUUAUGGCUGAGGAUCGCGAAGACAGACGGCAACGAGUUCAUCAAGAAUUUGAAGAAAGACGACUUCAAGUCCUGCAGGAGUUGGAACGCUCAGCUGGGAUUCGAGAGACAGAGUUGAUCAACACCCUGGCACAGUUUAACCAAGGACUGCUCAGUGUAAUGGGGCAGCUAGUAUCCGUCAUGGCCAGCAACCACAGCCCUCAAUCGCCACCUUAAAACUUUUGAUUUCCAAAAUGGUUUUCUUUGGAUUGUUAUGCAGGACAAUUGUUGAAUGCGGUUACAUAUUUAUAACUAAAAUAUAAUAAUAAGCUCUUUUCAGUA